AUGAUAUAUAUAGAGACGAGGAACGUAAAGCUAAAGCGACAACAACGCGCAGCUGUGCUCCUGGAUGGGGGUAGAGUUACGAAAUUCGGAAACCGGUACGCGUCACACGCGGCGGACGGCGUUAGCUCGAGGGCUCCCGAGCGCGGCGUAGUGCGCAUCGACGGGCGCCGAAGGCGUUCAGACGCGCUGACUCAGCACGGACGCCGCCGCCGCCGCGCCCUGUCAUUAUGUCGCGCGCACUUCGCACUGCACGAAACCGCCAGUCAUCCGGCGAUUCAGACCAAU